UCAUUUGGAUAUUUCGAGGGAAGUGCGAGGACGACGUUGUGAAAGUGGACAUCUAUAGUACCUGGGUUAGUGGACAUACCCAGCCAUGUCAUUGCUUACCCUCGAGGCCAAGUUGGAGAGGGUGGACCCCUCAACACAAUGGGGAUUUCGUAUGCAGGGAGGACAGGAUUUUAGUGCCCCUCUAACGAUACAGCGGGUACUUCCUGGAAGUUUGGCAGCCAAAUGUGGAUUACAGCAAGGGGACAUAAUCCUCAAGAUUGGCAACAGUGAAGCCAAUGUAAUGAAACACAAAGAUGCCCAGGGGGCCAUCAUGGGGAGUGGUAACAAGCUGGACUUGCUGCUGCAGAGAGGAGCCGCACCACAUCAGUACCAUUAUGAGAAGUUCUCUGCCCCAGCCGUCCCCAGCAAGGCUGGAGGUCUUAUCCAAUACGGAGAUUCUCCUUCAUCAAACUACAACACUUCUGCCCGUCCCUAUGGAGCACCACCACAGACACCCCCCACCCAGUCCUCGACUUUCCAGUCCCAGCUCAAUAACGUGGCACAACAGACACAGAAUAUAUCCUUGACACCAUCUGCUGCCCCACCGCCAGCACCUCCAGCUGUAGAUCCACACUCUGUGCCUUCAUGGGUCCCUGGGGUUAGUAAACGUCCAGACCUGCCUGUUGAGAUUGCUGCAGAGAGGUUGUCAGAAGUUCUCCAAGAUGCUCCUCAAGACCUUCCACAGAUACAGCCCCUCAUCAGCGAGGUCCCACAGGAUGUGGUUCCACCUGAAUUAGCGCCACCACAGGUGGCACCACCAGAGCUUCCUCCAAGUGAACCAACUCCUCCUCCACCGGAACCUCCCAAGCCACAGGUGGCACCACCUGUGGAGGCACCCAAACCAGCUCCAGCUCCAGCUCCAGCUCCCGCUGCAGCUCCCGCUCCAGCUCCAGCUCCAGCUCCAUCUCCAGCUCCGGCUCCAGCGCCACCUCCAGCACCAGUACCCUGGGCCACAUCUGGCCCAAAGGCCACUGCCCCAGCCCCAAAGGCUUUUGUACCAAAGGUCCAGCCCAAAGCCCCCAGUGGUCCAGGUGUUCCUCGCCCAGGAGAUGCCCCACCAAGACCAACAGGGACGGGAGCUGUAAGGGGUAAGAAGGGAGAUGUUACUGUAUACCAAGAGGGACAGGCCCUUCCAGGAGGAGCAAGGGUUCCCAUCUGUUCUACUUGUGGCAAUACUAUCAGGGGUCCCUUUGUGGUGGCCAUGCACAAGACAUGGUGCCCAGACCACUUUGUGUGUGCCCAGCCUCGUUGCGGUAUGAAGUUGCUUGAUGUUGGCUUUGUGGAAGAGGGUGGUUUCCUCUACUGUGAAAAGGAUUAUGAGACCUACUUUGCCCCGAAGUGUGCUGUCUGUAACCAGUCUAUUGUUGGGGAAUGUGUUAAUGCUCUGCAGAAGACUUACCAUCCAGAUUGCUUUACAUGUCACCAAUGUAAGCAGGCCAUUGGUGGUAACCAAUUCCAUCUUGAAGAUGGAAAUGCCUAUUGUGAACAUGACUGGAAACAAUUAUUUCAAACUAUGUGCAAGGGAUGUGCUUUCCCAAUUGAACCUGGAGAUCGCUGGGUUGAGGCCAUGAGCAGCAACUACCACUCUGAGUGCUUCAACUGCUCUACUUGCCAAGUGUCACUGGAAGGACAACCAUUCUAUGCAAAGGCUGGCAAACCCUACUGUAAAAAGCAUGCGCGAUAGAACAAUAUAAUUCUGUUUAUGUUGAUGACCUACCACCCCUUCUGCACUGCCCAGAUAGGGCACUUGUUUUGGAAAUCUUGUCAUAUCACACCAUGACAAAACCCCCACAGACUUGGGGGAUGGAACCACACACUGUAUUCCUUUCAUAAGCUAUUGACAUUAAAAGAAGCUGUUGGUCAACUUGAAAUCUUCAAACAUGAAUAAAGCAGUGUACUGCUAUGCAAUUGGUGUACUGAUCCAAGGAAAUUCUUCUCCUUGCUAUCAUUAUGUAUAUUAGAACUAGGUUUUAAUUUCAUGCGUGAUACUUUUAUACCUUGCCAAAUGUAUUCUCUCAUAGCACUGUGAACAGCCCUGCUCUCCAGACUCUUAAAGCUUUUUCGUGUGUAAUGAAUGGACAAGGGGACAAAACUCCCAGAUUUAAAAAGUCAUUUGAGACAAAACGUUUAAGAGAUUAAAUAUCUGUUUCCUGUUGGUUAAAGACAUUAACAGUGAUCUUAUCCUUGUGUGGCCCAGAAUGACAGGGUUUAAAUCUUAAUGCUGAUUUUUGUAUAUUUUGUAAACGUAUACAUAUUUUUAAAAUUGCAUAAUAUAUUUUCCUAAUUAAUGCCUUAUUGAUUUUGCCUCGAAAUAUUAUUACUGGUACAUUUUGAUCCCAGUAAUAGCUUUAAUCCAAUGGUAGUCAUAUGUCUUAUUUCAUUGCUAUGGUUACAAUAUGAAUGUUUUUUCUUGGCUGCAACUAAAUUUACUGAUAAGUAGACAACAUACCAGUCUGACUCUCAUGAAAGAAUGCAAUCAGAAAGGCAGAGCACAUGCACCAGAUAAUCAGUUUUGAGGACAGACGGUCAUUCUUGAGAUUCAAUAUUGCCAAAGUUAUCAGCAUUACUUCAUGAGUAAACGUUAUACUGAAAUGUUUACAUGCUUGCUUCCAUAGAAUGGCUCAUCAGUACAAUUAGAUGUACAUGCUGAAUGGAGAGCUUAACAAAAAUGUUUUUAUGAAAUUCUGAAUCAGCGACAUUUUUGCAUUUACCGGUAAAAGAAACAGCAAUAUUAUUUGUUACUUUUGAAAAAUUGAAAAAGAAAGGUUGGCAUGUGUUUGACAUGCGUCUGAAUGUAUAAAAGAAAAGUUCAUGUGGUGUUGAUACAGAACAGAAGUACCUAGUAUUUAUCUAUUAUAGUAAUGUAUGAGUUAAUGAGAGAUGAAUGAUAUAGUAAACCAAUGAAAUAAUAGCCUGAUAUACAGGUCACAAGAGUCUGUGUGUGGAGUUUACAGCCAGUUAAGGCCAUACGUUGUUAAUGACUUUAGCAUUACAAGUCUUUUGAAUUUUAAUGCCUUAUUAGUUUCAUAUUAUUAAGCAUUAACUAUUUUUCACCUAUGGUUUAACAUUUUGAUACUGUUGAUUAUAUAUUUACAAUUAUUGAAGUUGAAUGGUUAGUAUUUUUAAUUAUCGGAAACUGUUCCAUGCCUAAUAAGAUUUGGGAAUAUUAAUCAACAGGUUGAGAAAGCUAGAAUACAACCCAAGGAUUAGGAGUAUACAUCUCCAAACCUUUAUUUUUCACAAUACAAAUAAAACUGGGAAUCAUUUUGAUGAAUAAGCUCGUUAUGAUUUUCCUUUGGAUUUUAUCGUCUUCUGAGAAACGAUGGAAACAUUGACGAAGAUUCCUUUACUGAAAACUUAUAAAUCAAAGGAGGAUUUGCAGUGUGUUAAAUUCUUUAAAUAGGUUUUAGGCAUGAUGUAUCGGCUUAAUUAACCUUAUUGAGAAUGUAAAAUAGACAAAUGAUAUAUUUAUAUAAUGUACAUAUAAACUAUGAUUAUUCACUGCCAGCAUAUGUCCUAGGUACUAACAUGGUAAAUGUUUUUCUGUAGCCCCAUGUAUACCCAUAUGUAUAUCUACAUCACUGGCAAGUGUACCAGAGUGCUGUGUUAUAUACAAACAUUUUAUACAGGGUUUUGGCUGAGUUUACUACCAUAGCAAAUCUUGUUGAAAUGUAUUUUCAAAUCAAUAGAAGAAAUAUUAUUUGCCAAAUCGUGACCUUUUAAAAAUGAUGUGAUUACCUGAUGAAGUGUCAUUAAUACGAGGAAUGUUACAGAAGUCGAAAAACAUUAAAAUUUUCAUUACAAAAAUAAA